AUGUCAAAACAAAGUGGUGGAGCUAAAUUGAUAAAACAAGCAAAGCUGAUAAUGUGGGAUGAAGCACCUAUGGCAAACCGUCAUACGAUUGAAACGGUUGAUAGGAGCUUUAGAUAUAUAUUGGACGUUAAGGAACCCUUUGGUGGAAAAGUAAUGGUUUCGGAGAUGGAAAGGAUUAAAUUAACAAGAAAUAUGAGGGCAAGAACAGAUCCAACAUUCAAUGAAUUCUUACUACAUAUAGGUAACGGGGAGGAACCUACACUAAGAGAUGAUUUGGUACUUAUUCCAAAGAAACUGGUUAUCGAAAAUAAUGGUGAUAGUAUUGGUGAAGAUGCCUUGAUAAGUGAAAUAUUUUCAUCGUUAGAUGAAAACACAAGUUGUGCAAAAUACAUGACCGAAAGGGCUAUCCUGGCUAGCAGAAAUGAAUAUGUUGAUCAACUAAAUGAGACGUUGAUUUCCAUAUUUCCUGGUGAAAGUAGAACAUUUCUUAGUUUUGACUCUGCAGAGGAUGAAACCAACAAUUACUAUCAGGAAGAUUACUUGAAUACUUUAACACCAAGCGAUCUGCCUGUUUUGUCUCCUUCUUCUUUGUCUCUGUUCGAUGACAUAACAAAGCCUCCUAACAUUUUGAUUUGA